CGUCAGCGGGUGGGCGCGCGCACGGUGGCGGCGGCGGCGGCGCGGCGCGAGCGCGCGCGAUUGUAAGCGGUCGCCGACGCCCGAGGAACAUGCGCGCAGUCCCUUCGCGCCGCGCAGCAAGACCGCGCGCAUCAUGUUCAACAUGAAGCUCAAGGAGCGCCUCGCGCUCGCCAUCAGCGCCUUCCUCGUGCUCUUCACGCUCAUGCUGGUCGUGGACCUCCAGAUGGACUAUGGCCUCUCCAUGAACAGGGUGCCCCUGCACGGCCGGGUCAGGAUAGGCGACGCAGAAGAUAAAGGCCGGUCAGCAUACAUAGAGUUUCGGAAGCGGUUCCUACAGAAAAGUAAUGGCAGCAAUGGAUCUCGGGAGUACGAGCAAUCUGCCCCCAGUGAGACGAGCGGAGGGGGCGCGGACGCCGAGCCCCGAACCCCAUCACCCCCCACGGACCACUACGAGGACCUGCAGAAGAUCAUCUUCGCCCAGCUGCAGGGCAAGGCCGAGGAUCAUUCCGUGGUUAUACCCCCGCAUCGGGACCUAAACGUGCUAAGGCCUGAAAAUCCGACGAUUGGUGAAAUGGAAGACUUAGAACCUAGCAUAAACGCUUCUAAUUUGGAAAGGUUCCAACUGAAGAUAGCUCAACACGAGUUGUAUGAGGAUGGGGAGCCCCUCGUUGACGCGCUUAUCAAAGAUAUGGCCACCUCCACCAUCCUACAUGUAGAGCAAAAAGAGGGAGGCACACAGUUGAAGCUUAUAAUUGACUACCCUAAUGGCGUCCAAGCCCUGUUCAAGCCGAUGAGAUUCUCACGGGAAGUUCAAACGUUACCGAAUCACUUUUAUUUUUCUGAUUACGAGCGUCAUAACGCAGAAAUAGCUGCGUUCCAUCUAGACAGGAUACUGGGCUUCCGGCGCGCAAUGCCAGUCGUGGGCCGAGUCCUCAAUAUGACGACAGAGAUCUACGAUGUGACUGAAGGUGACAUCCUUAAGACGUUCUUCGUGUCGCCGGCGAACAACUUCUGUUUCCACGGAAAGUGUUCCUACUAUUGUGACACUGGACACGCCAUUUGUGGCAACCCUGACAUGCUCGAAGGAAGCUUCGCCGCAUUCUUGCCGUCUUCCGAUAUAGCUGAAAGAAAGGUAUGGCGGCAUCCUUGGAGACGAUCCUACCACAAGAGAAGAAAAGCACAGUGGGAGCUCCAAUCUGACUACUGUGAUACGGUCCGUACAACCCCACCGUAUGACUCCGGGCGUCGAAUGCUUGACCUCAUGGACAUGUCAAUUUUCGACUUCCUCACAGGCAAUAUGGACAGACAUCAUUAUGAAACAUUUAAAAUGUUUGGGAAUGAGACGUUCACGCUGCAUCUGGAUCAAGGGCGUGCGUUCGGCAAGGCGUUCCACGACGAACUGAGCAUCUUAGCUCCCGUGUUGCAGUGCUGCCUCGUCAGGCACACUACCCUCACAGCGUUACUUAAGUUCCAAAAUGGCGAUCCUUUAUCAAAACUCCUACGUGAGUCAUUGAAAUCAGAUCCAGUGAACCCUAUUCUGUGGGAGCCGCACCUCGCCGCCCUCGACCGGCGCAUCGUGACUGUUCUCGAUGCUAUCAGAAAGUGCGUCAACAAAGUCGAGGCUCCCCUUCAGAACGAGAUCAACGAUUUUGUAUGACCGCUCUCACUCCGAAUUAAAUGCGACGGGACUCUAAGGAAUGGUCUCACGAGUUGAAGUGUCUAUGUGAUAUAAGAUUGUACGGACAAUGACAAGGGAUGGUGCAAUCAGUGAAAAUGACUUGCUAGUCGAACUCUCUCAUAAUCCGUGACUUAAGACAAACUUAGAUGUAAGAACAGUUGUAAUCAAUGCAAAACGUAUCGUUAUCAGCCUGCUCUUUGGUUCUGUCUACAAGACUUUUAUUAGACGUAAGAUUUUAGUGCCAAAGAUUGUCCAAAUGAAUUUGUGAGAUAUACAGAAUAUUUUUAGAACCAUUCCACUGGAUUUUGAUAAGCCAUUGUAUGCCAAAUAUAUAGAGGAAUUGUGAAUUCACAUUGCUUACCAGAUUGGCGAUAAUCUGUUUGAAAUUUAACAGUAUUGAUGAGUUAGUGUACGUAGAUAAUAAUAGAUUUUAUUUGUUCUUUCUGUAUAUUUUGGAUAUUAUAAUAAUGAGUAUUUCUGAGCUCAGUUGAGACUUAUGUAGGAGGGUGUGCAAUGUUACUGUACAUAAUAUUAGUGAAAUGCAGUUUAAUGUUAAGUUUAAUUGUUAGAUCACUGCUACUACUACUUGUUGUGAACUCUGUUACCAUAGCUGAAGGCUCAAGAUGAGACAUAUCAUAAGCUCCGUGUGAUAAGCACAGACGUCGUCUGAUUCUAUUUUGUUAAGUUUUUUAUUUGAGGCUAUUAAUCAAUGCAAUCGUACAUCCUUUUCAAUUUUGUACUACUAACUAAUAAGUUUCAUACUAAAAUAUUGCUCGUAGCCGAUCUCAUGUUUCAUAAUUUCACCUAAUAGCUAUCAUUUCAUUAACGUAAAAUAUAUCUUACUUAUGUACUAACUAUUUUCAGUUGCAAAAAUAUAAAUUUAAAUGUUACGUAGAUUUGCUUACUGAGUUGCUCUUUCCUUGAUUAAGUAGUCUGUUAGUUAAUUUGAAUCUGAUAGUAAUGAUUACUAUAUUGGCAGUUAAGAUGACCUAUAUUUAUUUUUAUUGUGGUUUUAGUAUAAAUUAGUGUGUAAUUGUUAAGGGGGUGUGACUGUUAUAUAUAUCGGGGGAUCGAGGAGUCGACUUGCCAAAGACGUACCUAAAAAUUAUGUAAAAAAUGUAUUGUAUAGCAAAAUGAGAUGCUUGAAUGUAUGUAUCUGUUGAUUGUUUAUAAAUUAAAACGGUUAAAUGAUUCGAA